AUGCCUCAAACACCAAAGACACCCUCACGGCGAGACUCAUGGCCACCAACCUUGGUGCGCCUCGCCCCUACAAUUCCCAAGGACUACCCAUCCCUCGACGAUAUCGACGAGGACCCCUUGACCUACUUCCUCACACCCGCGCCUGAUCUGGAGGAGGACGAUGAGGACGAUAUGGCCAUGAUGGAUUUUGAUGCCGGCAUCGAAGAUGACAGCGAGCGCGAGAUCGUCCGCAGCGUGAGCCCCUCAAGCCUGGACGGCCUGGACAAGUCGAAGGGUCGCAGCAAGUCACCGCCCGUACCCGACCUCUCGGACCUCGCCAUGCCGGACACGGACGACGAGGAAGAGGACUACAUCCGCUUCGCGCCGCAUGGGUUCAUGAUUCCCUUUAGCCUGCGCGACUUCGCCAUCGACGGUCUCAAAUCCAUGGCCAAGUCAAAGUCCCGCCCUUCUAAGCCAUCGAACAACAAUGUGAUUCUCUCGCCAUCGUCGUUCCCGCCUACCCGGGGCCGAGCACCCGUGCGACCGGCCGGCGGGCGGGGCCGGCAGAGGACGACGUCGUACCGGCACCACCGGCCGCAGCACGUCUGGCGCGAGCCGAGCCCGGAUGUCUGGUCUAUUGAAGAGGAGACGGAGGAGGAGCUCCUGAGCGAGAUGGGAAGCAGCGUUGGCGCUGUGAGCGACAUGGAGGGCGAUGAGACGGAGGAGAACGCGACGAUGUGUCCGGACAAGAGCGGAGACGUACAGGCUGCGAAGCCGAAGAAGAAGGUCCGAUUCCUGUUGCCCUCUUUGGAGUGA